AUGAGCCUCAACAACAAGGAGGUUGCGGGUGCUGAGUCGUCUGCGAAAGAGACAGCAUCGCGAUCGGUCACGACGCAUGCGACCGAGGACUCGCAGACAUUGGAGGCCCAUCUAGAUGAUGACCAUUCAUCGAUCUCCUCGGCAUCGACCGAUUCACUCAGCGACACCGACGAAGUGCUCUCGAUACACCAGUCGCUGAGUCGCAAUGCCGGCCUCGAUGAUCCUGGCGACAAGUCGAUGGCGCACAUCACGACGACCACAACGAACAUGACCACAGAUCCGCGCUUUGAGAUUGACUUCGAUGAGGAUGGCGAGAAUCCCCAGGAAUGGCCCAUGUGGCGUAAGGCCCUCGUUAUCUUCUUCAUGAGCUACUCAACCCUCGUUGUAGUUAUGUAUUCGACAAGCUACACUAGCGGCAUUCCAGGUAUGAUGGCCACUUUCGGCAUUCAAUCGAAAACACUCGUCGUCCUGGGUAUCACCACCUACCUGGCAGGAUUGGCUGUGGGGUCGCUACUCCUGGCACCUCUCAGUGAGAUGUACGGCCGCAGACCGGUCUAUCUCAUCGCGGUUGCCGUCUUCACGAUCCUAAUUAUUCCUUGUGCGUUGUCCAACAACCUUGCUCAGAUCCUCGUCAUGCGCUUCUUCGGGGCCAUCGCCGGCGCAGCCAUGAUCUCCAACGCCCCGGGAACCGUCUCCGACAUGGUCAAUGACGAAUACCGCGCUCUCGCUUUUUCGAUAUGGAGUCUUGGUCCAAUGAAUGGACCAGUGGUCGGGCCGCUGGUCGGAGGUUUUGUGUACCAGGCUCUAGGGUGGCGGUGGACCAACUGGGUUGUUAUGAUCGGCUCGGGUACAUCGUGGUUCAUGGUGUUCCUCAUCCCUGAGACGUAUGCGCCAGCUAUCCUGCGAAGCAAGUCUGCAAAGAAGCGCAAAGAGACCGACGAGCCCCGCUGGUACUCUCGCUACGAUGACAAGAAGUCGUUCCUACCAAUGUUGCGCGAGAACUUGUACCGGCCACUCUCCAUGGCAAUCAAUGAGCCUAUCUGCAUCUUCUGGAACGUCUACAUAGCCCUCGUGUACGGCGUGCUCUAUCUAUGCUUCGUCUCGUACCCAAUCGUAUUCUCCGAGCUGCGCGGCUGGUCACCCGGCAUGACCGGUCUCUCGUACAUGGGCAUUGGCAUUGGCGGCGUAAUCGUCAUCUCCUGCGAGCCUCUACUCCGCAAGAUGAUCAACGCGCACCCUAAAGAUCCUGAGACUGGGAAGCCAUACCCGGAAGCCAUGGUCAGCGUGGUGUGUCUAGCCGCGGUAUCAGUGCCGGUUGGAGAAAUGAUCUUCGCAUGGACAUGUACGCCAAACGUGCACUGGAUCGCACCCAUCCUCGCAGGUAUACCGUUUGGUGCAGGUAACUGUGGAGUCUUCAUCUACGCAUCGAACUAUCUCGUCCACUCGUACGGCAUCUACGCCGCGUCGGCACUGGCGGGCAACGCUGUCCUCCGAAGCAUCAUGGGCGGUGCGCUGCCUCUGGCUGGCCCCAAGAUGUACGCCACGCUUGGUCCGCACUGGUCCGCAACAAUGCUCUCCCUUAUCGAAUUCGCAAUGAUUCCCAUCCCGCUCGUUUUCUACAGAUAUGGACACAAGAUCCGGGAGAAGAGUGCUUUGAUCCGACAAAUGCGCGAAGACAGAGACAAGCUCGACAGCCGAAAGAGGAGAGCAGCCGAGAAGGUCGCUCGGCGAGAAGCAGGGGAGAAGGGUGAUUUCGAGGAGAAAGAACUGUCUGUGUAA